CUAUCGUGUACGAGGACGAAUUAAAAGUUGACUCGACGUAAAGGUAGCAACGCCGUAUAUUGUGCAUGGUUGUCAGCAAUAGAAGGCAUUAAAAUUUCCUCACAACAAAUUUGUGUACACGCUAUUAUUUUAUGUGUUCAAACACUAAUAUAAAUGUCAGAAAAAAGUGCCAGUGAUGGAGAAGUCGUUAUCAUUGAUUGCAGCGCGACAGUGAAGGAAGACUUUAAACUGCUUGACCACAACGAUAAUAAGAGAAGGAGAUCUUUACGAGAGAAUCGAUAUAAAUUUAAGGAAGAACAAAAUGUCAAAGUAGAAGAGGAGGAAGAAGAAGAGGAAGAAAACGAAAAUGAAGACGAAGAAGUUGAAGGAGUCGAAGAAGAAGAAGAAAAUGGAAUUAUAAUUAAUGGUCGCAUUACAUUGGCAUAUAAGAAAAAAGUAGUAGCCCUAGCGGAAAAACAUCCAAAUUGGAGUCUAUCAACAUUAAGAAGAAGGGGAGCUCAACGUUUAAAAAGUUACAAAAUUCUUGCUUUAUGGAAAAAAGAGAUUGAAAAUGGUGGCACAAAACACGAUAAAUUACGAGCAAUUAGAAAAGAAUGUUUCGAUCGUUUUAGAGAAGCGCGCCGAAAUGGUGAAGCAGUAACAACAAAAAUGCUGCAAAAAUGGGCGAUAGAAGCAGCUGCUCCCUUCCUGUCGGAAUCCUUUAAAUUCCAAGCUGGUGAACAUUGGGCUAGACGGUUCAAAAAGAGACACAAGAUAAGACAGAUGAAGAUAACAAAUCCUAACAAUAAUAGUGAUAUGUUAACUUUGGAAGAAACUGAACUGUCCAACGACACAUUACCCACUGAACUCGUUCCAACAUUCGAUCCCUUCAAUUUAUUAUGCAUUCCAAAAAGUUAACGCCAAAACAAAAUAACAUAGAGUCAAUGAUUAUUUUUUAAAUAUUAUUAUCCUUAUUAUUUUUAUAAUAAUUAUGUUAAUAGGAUAAAUUUUGUAAAAAGAAUUGAUAUUUAAAUAAAUAAGAAUUAUUUAUAAAAAAACAA